AUGACGAUGUGUUUUCCUCUGCUGCUGCUGAUCUGCUCUGUCUCCAUGGCUCAGCUUCAGACACAGUCUGACAAAGAAAUGAUUCCACAAAAACAAAGUGAACUCCAGAGAAGUGAACCAACGAACGGCUUUGACCAGCGACAGACCUGCACACAAGACAUCCAUGCUGUGCUGAGAGAGAUGAGCGCCUCGUUGGCUGAGCAGAAGGUGGAAAUGAGGCACUUACAGAGAGAGAAUGAAGGCUCGGAAACUCUUGGACCAAUUAACGCACACACUGAUCUGGUCUUCAGACACGUCGUCACAAACAUUGGAAAUGCCUACAACCCAAACACAGGUUUUUUCAUUGCCCCAGUGAGAGGAGCCUACCACUUUGAGUUCUACAUAGGAGCACAUGGACAUUCUUCACAUGGUUCAGCUGCUGUGUUGGUUAAGAAUGGAGAGCAUAUUUUUGCUGUAUAUGAGCACCAGACGUCUGGUUUUGGGACCUCUGCAAAUGGUGCCACGCUGCUUCUAGAGGUUGGAGAUGUUGUAUAUGUGCGUCUGUGGAUUAACUCAAGAGUGUUUGACAAUGAAAAUCAUCACAGCACCUUCAGUGGCCAUCUGCUUUUCACCAUGUGA